CUUCUGACUCCCAAGCCUGUGCUCUAUCCGCUAGGCUACGCUGUUUCUUGGAAGAAAUUAAAAAAAAAACUGCACGCCUUAAACUUGUAUUUUCAUGCAUUUGGGGCAAUUGAAAAAUGUACAAAUGUAGCUGAGUUGAACAAUCGAAUUGACUUGCUACUGAAAUGUAAUUUUUAAUUCCCAGUAUAUUUAAUGAAUAACCAUUUAUGGGUAAGGGGAGUAAAGGACAGUGAAUCUUAUUAUGGCAGUAUGAUCCCAUCAGUUAAUGCACUCGUACAAAAGAUGACUUCAAAAGAGCCUGAACUUGAGAAAUAAAACUGGAAUAGUGCCUGGGGCAUAACUGAUACCAUGAAACUGUAGUAGAAAGUUCUCACAUCUUCCCAUUGGUUGGGGUUAUUUAUCCAGAUGUUCAGCCUUUGCAUAAAAGAAAGGGGCUACUGAGGCUGGUGUGAAUUUAAGAGUGAAUCCUGCCAACUGGCUACAUUCAUUAACUUGAUGAUGGCAAGAGCGGUUUUACCUACAAUUUUACUUCUCUGCCUUGUAACCACAUAUCAUGGUGUGAAUGGAAUUUUUAUGGACAAGCUUGCUACCAAGAAGCUCUGUGCUGAUGAAGAGUGUGUCUAUACUAUUUCCCUUGCUAAAGCGGAAGAUGAUUACAAUGCCCCGGACUGUAGGUUUAUUAACAUUAAAAAAGGGCAGCAGAUCUAUGUUUAUUCAAAACUAGUGAAAGAAAAAGAAGCUGCAGAAUUUUGGGCUGGAAGUGUUUACAGCGAUCAGUAUGAUGAAGGAAUAGGAGUUGUUGGUUACUUUCCUAGCACCCUAGUGAAAGAGCAGCAUGUCUACCAAGAAGCCAACAAGGAAAUCCCUACAACGGUAAGAAUCCUGGAAAGACCCUUGAGGUUGCCCAAGGAGACCAAUAGUUUUACUCUGUGUAAGUACAAACCUGACUAAAGACACUAAUGCUAACUUGGAAAGCACCUAUCCACAGUGAUCCCUUUUCUUAAUUCAGCCAUCUAUGUACUAUACAUUUUCACUCCUAUCACCUAGCACUCUUGACGCGCUCUAUGAAGGGAGUUUCAGA